AUGGCCCGCCUGUCUUUGGGGCGCCUCUCGCCCGCCAUCAAAACCAUUUCUUCUCCUUUUCCUCUGCAGCAAUUCGAGCAGCAAAACUUAAUUGCCAGAGCAGCAGACGGGGCUCCCCUGCGCCGCGACUCCGCAGCAGCAGCAGCAGCAGCAGCAGCAGCAGCAGCGGCUGCAGCAGCACAUUCCCUUUCUCCCGCCUCCGCCAGGCCCCCCGCUCCGCCGCCCCCCGACUCCCUUCCCUUUGCUGCUGCUGCUGCUGCUGCUGCUGCUGCUGGCGGCGCCGCCUCCCCCUGCGUCCCCGCCGCCGCCGCUGCUGCUCCUGCUGCUGCUCCCGCUGCUGCUGCUGCUGCUGCUGCUGCUGCUGCAGCCUUUUCCCUCAAAAUGGAGGCUGAGAAGCAGCCGCUGCGGCAGUCCCCCAGCUGGGCGGAGACCGCCAAGGUGUCUCUGGAGACAGCAGCAGCAGCAGACCCCACAAGUGAGCAGCUGGUGCUGUACCCGCCGCCUCCGAAGGAGCAGCAACUAGCAGCAGCAACAGCAGCAGCAGCAGCAGCAGCAGCUGCUGCUGCCGCUUCGUCGUCGAGCCCGCGGAAGAGCUUCAGCCUGCCCCCCACUUCCGCCGCGAGCGCCUCCAACUCCCCCGCAGCAGCAGCAGCAGCAGCAGCAGGCGAGCGUCCAUGCGCAGCAGCAGCAGCAGCAGCAGCGUCCGGCGUGUCUUGCGUGCUGCCGUGCCUGACUGCAGCAGCAGCAGCAGCAGCAGAAGCGUCGUCGUCUGCGUCUUCCUUCGACGCAUCGCCGCCCGCCUCCGCAGCAGCAGCAGCAGCAGCAGCAGCAGCAGCAGCAGAAGAUGAGGGCCGGAAGGAAUCGUUGUUGGUUCCCUGCGUGGCAGUGUUCAGCAGCAACUACAACUUCGUGGUGACCUCCAUAGCCCUCUUCGUGCUGCAGCAAGACCCUCGUUUCGCGCUGCUGCUGCAGCGCAGCAGCAGCAGCAGCAGCAGCUUGAAGAUGCUCUCCUACGCAGGGGCCAUCGCCGGCAUGAGCCUCAUGGGCUUCUUGGGAGACGCAGCAGGAAGGGGCCCCGCGCUGCUGCUGACUUUGCUGCUGGUGGCCCUGGGGGCCCUCGGCAGCAGCUGCUUGACUUGGGGGCCCCCCUUUUGCUGCUUGAGUUUGCUGGGCCUUUUUCGCUUUUUGCUGGGGGUGGGGGCCGGGGGGGUUUACCCGCUGAGUGCUGUUGCUGCUGCUGAGAGCAGCAGCAGCAGCAAGCGCAGCCACAAGUGUCUCCGCGUCUCCUUUGCUUAUUCCAUGAACGUUCCUGGCAUUCUUUUUCCUUAUUUGCUUUCUCUUCUUUUUUGGAAACUUUCCAAACAAAAUCCAGAAAUAACUUUCAGGGCUUUGUUGGCUUUUGGCGCGCUUCCGGCGAUGUGCGUGUGGCUGCAUGCCUGCUGCCAGCAGCGCAGCAGCAGCAGCAGCAGCAGCAGCAGCAGCAGCAGCAGGGAACGCACGCGGCGCUUUGCUGCUGCCUUCAAAGACAAAAGCCACUUGCUGCUGCUGCUCGGCACUGGAGUCUGUUGGUUUCUCUACGACGUCACGGCCUACGGGGUGCUGCUGGUGCAGCCAGAGCUCACGCAGCACCUCUGGAGCAGCAGCAGCAGCAGCAGCAGCAGCAGCAGCAGCAGCAGCAGCAGCAGCAGCAGCGUGAACUCGGUGAUAUUUCAGAACAUAGUUCUCAAUCUCGUGGGCUUUCCCGGCUGCUAUAUGGGCAUUUUGGUGCUGCGGCAAAUGGGGGUGAAGUGGCUGCAGUUCUGGGGCUUCUUUUUCCUGGGCGUGUCUUCGCUGGCGCUUGCUGCUGCUGCUGCUGCUGCUGCAGCAGCAGCAGCAGCAGCAGCACACGGCUGGUGCCUCCUCGCGCUGCUGGCAGCAGUUAACUUCUUCAUCAAUUGGGGCGCCAGCAUCACCACCUUCAUCCUUCCUUCUGUGGUUUUUCCCGCUGCAGUGCGGGCCACUUACGCGGGGCUUUCUGCGGCCAUGGGGAAGCUGGGGGCGGUGGCCGGGAUCUACUUGAUUAAAGCUGCUCUCAACUCCUGGGGACUUCCUGCUGCUAUGCUUUGUGCUGCUGCUCCUUCUUUUGCUGCUGCAGUUCUCACAUUUCUCUUUGUGGAGCCGCGGGGGGGUUCUUGGUCCCGCGCGCUGCUGGAGUGUAUAGGCAGCUUGGCCGCCUGCAUUCCCUUCGUCGACUGCCGCAGACGCCGCAAGUGCUGA